GGGAGGGGGUUGAAAACCGGAGACGACUUUGGACACAAAACUUCACUCGGUCUCCUGCGGCCAUCGAAGAACAUCGCCCGUGUUCUGGGUCUUACCGUGAGAAAUGACGAUAGCAUUCGCCCCGAGAGAUGUUCCCCUGGACAGGAGGUUGCAGACGGCGGCCGUCCUGCAGUGGGUCUUUUCCUUCUUGGGACUCGCACCAACCUGCAUCGCGCUGUUCCUCUACCUGGUGUUCACACGCUUCUGGCUGGUGAGCGUGCUGUACGCCAUCUGGUGGUUCUACGACUAUGACACGCCGUCAAAGGGAGGGCGCCGAUUUAACUACCUGUGCGACCUCCGACUAUGGAACUACAUGACGGACUACUUCCCUGUAAAGCUGGUCAAGACCGCAGACCUGGACCCCAGAAACAACUAUGUCCUGGGCUUCCAUCCGCACGGUGUGCUGGUGGCUGGAGCCUUCAGUAACUUCUGCACCAAUUCUACGGGCUUCAGGCGUCUCUUCCCAGGCCUGGACAGCUACCUGCUGAUGCUGCCGCUGUGGUUCAGAGCUCCGUUCUUCAGAGACUACAUCAUGUUGGCUGGUCUGAUCCCGUCAGACAAAGGGAGCGCGAGCUACCUGCUGCAGAGGAGAGGGGGCGGUAACGCUGUUGUAAUCGCGGUGGGCGGAGCUCCAGAAGCCCUGGACGCUCACCCUGGCACCUACAACAUUCUCCUGGCCGAUAAGAAGGGCUUCAUCAAACUGGCCAUGGAGCACGGCGCUCAUCUGGUACCCAUAUUCUCCUUUGGAGAGAAUGAGGUGUUUGAUCAAGUGGGGAAUCCAAGAGGGACCUGGCUGCGGGCAAUCCAGGAGAAGCUGCAGGCAGUGAUGGGCAUCUCCUUGCCUCUCUUUCACGCGCGUGGUGUAUUCCAGUACUCCUUUGGCCUGAUGCCUUACAGAAAACCAAUAAACACAGUCGUGGGCCGACCAAUCAGGGUGGAGAAGAACGAGAAGCCCACCGUGGAGCAGCUUGAUGCCCUCCACCAGCACUACAUGGAGGAGCUGAGCAACCUGUUUGACCAGCACAAGACCGCCUACGGCGUGGAAAAGGACACCUACCUCAACUUUGUCUGAGUCACAUCCAGAGAGGCCUCGGUGCAGAGUUGGGAUUGCUCAAGCACCCAGACGGGUUGAGGCUUUGAGAAAGAGGUAUUUUACCUCAAGUUAGGUAGGCUAUGGUUCAUGGUAUGGAAUGAAUUGGGAUUGGCCGGCCAAGUUUGAUCGUUUGUUUAAUAAUUGUAACCUGGCCCGUUCCUUGACAGCAGACACACCGUUGCCAACAUUGCGUGUGGUUCGUUUAUUUGGGAUUAUGCUGUCUAUGAGCACAUUUGAACUACUUCACAUAUUAAACGAGGGUAAUGCAAAAGGUUGCAGGUCGUUUAUUGAACAUUUACAAACAAGGAAGAUGUGUCCAACUCAAAACUUAAACCAUGGUUUUUAAUUCCGUCAAUAUUCAAUUACAUAGUAAAUAUAAGUCAUUUAUUUCCAAUUGAAGACUGUAUACCCGAUAGGUUCAAUCAACGUUUUUAUUCCCUUUAUAUUUCAUUCACUAUGUCAUUAUUCCUUUCAACUGUAUAUGUGUGCCAUGGUUUGUAAUGCAUUAAAUGUUUCAAAAUA